AACCGAUUACGGUGACAAAUGAUUGACGUUGUGGUUGCGGUUUCCCUCAGACUGUCAAACCAUAUUCAUGUUGAAUUGCCUCGUCGUUCUGUUCCAUAUAAAUUGAUGAAUAACUCGUUUUGAAUUCAGAAGUUGACCCAAAAUGGACCGUGAAAAGAUUUCAAUUUGGCGGCCGUGUUGGGAAGGGCGCCGCUCACGGAAAUCAAGUCGGACCUUGCUCGUUUCUCAACCGAUUUACAGUUUUGUCAACGCCAAAUCGAACGCUACCAAUACACAACAUUGGAAAGAAAAAACACACCCAAAAAAUUGACUCGGCUCCCCUCGUCAUAAUUGUAGUUUUACGGAACCGUAUGGAGCACAAUUGUGAACCCGUUUUUCAACUUCCGCACUCGCGUAUCGACGCCGCGCAUGCGCACUCCUGCCCCACUUCUUCCGUCAUACGCAACACUUGCGCCACAAAUCUUGCAACUGUCUCUGCUGCGGCUGGACAUUUCCCAAAGUAAGCUCGAACUUACAGAAGUUUGUUUCCUUCGGAUUUCCGCCGAUGUGUGACGUCACUCCAGGCGACGGCUUCCAAGCUGCGUCGUCGGCGCGCGACAGGCCAAUAACUUCACACUUCAGACACACUUCCGCGAGACUCUCUUCCCGGCGUGGUUGCAACUUUUGUAUUUUAAACGCGUUCGCGUCGUAUCGUAGAAGACGCGUCCGAGUUUAUUAUCGUCGCUCGCGUCCCGAGCUAGCUGUUAGCCUGCUAGCUGCUAACACAGCUAGGCGGAAGUAGUCCUCAAAAAAAAAAAAAAAAAGGCGGCCAGCGUGAGGACAAAGUGCUUUUUUGUUGUUGUUGUUGUUGUUGUUGCCAUCGUGCGAAAAUGUGCAAAGUGAAAAUGCUGCGAGCUGUGGUGGACCAGCGGCUGGGCGCGGCCGUGGAGGAAAUCUUCGCGCUGCUGGAGAGAACCAUACGAGAGUACGACGAGGAACUUGCCAGAAGCAAGCAGGAGAACCGGCGGCAGCGUCAAGUCCUCGACGCCCUUUCCAAAGCGCACGCGCCAGACGUCCGUCGAGAGGACGCGCCCCCCGCCCUCGGAGAAGAGCGAGACAAACGCGCCGCGGCCGGCGUCGUCGUCAAGAGUGAAGAAGACGAGGAUGGAGAAGCCGGGCGCCCUCCCCACGCGGGCGCCGCCGGCCUCUCGGCGCCGCUCUCGGACAGCAAAAGCGACGGUGAUGAAGAGGAGGAGGAGAAGGAGGAGGAAGGAACCAAAGGUGACGACAAACUCUUCCAAUGUUCUCAAUGCCACAAAAGCUUUUCCCACCGGAAGAACUUGAAAAGACACACGAGGUGUCACACGGCGGAGAAACUCCGCGGCCGCUCGUUUUGCGGCGAGAGCUUCUCGCGGCGGGAACGUUCGCUCGAGCGCGGCCGAAUCCGCGGCGGGGACAGACCCUUUUCCUGCUCGGUGUGCGACAUGACCUUCCGCUUUCACUCCACCUUCGUCAACCACAUGCGGACGCACACGGGCGAGAAACCGUUCAGCUGCCAGGUGUGCCGCAUGAGCUUCGGCGUCCACUCGUCGCUGCUGAGGCACGCGCGCACGCACUCGGGCGAGCGGCCCUUCUCGUGCUCCUUCUGCGACAAAAAGUUCUCGCGCAAGGUCAACCUGAUCCGCCACACCAGGAUCCACACGGGGGAGAAACCCUUCUCGUGCUCGGCGUGCGACAUGACCUUCGGUUCUCGCUCCAAGCUGGCCGACCACACGCGGACGCACACGGGCGAGAGACCGUUCGCCUGCUCCGCGUGCGGCAAAACCUUUGCCCAGAAGACGCAUUUGAGGAUCCACACGGUCACGCACACGGGCGAGAAAGCCUUUUCCUGCUCCGUGUGCCCUCAGACCUUCUCGCUGAAGAGCAGCUUGGUGACGCACACGAGGACGCACACGGGCGAGAAGCCCUUCGGCUGUCAGCUGUGCCGGGAAAGGUUUGCGUACAAGUACCAGCUCAAGAAACACGCGUGCGCCGCCGGCGAGAGCGGCGACGCUCGGACGUAGCUUUUUAUGCCUUUUACGGGUGGGACGUCGCCGUCGCAGUUUGCUAAAAGGGAAACUCCUCAUAAAGGUGCGUACACACACUCAGAGUGAAAUAUGUCUUUUAUAUAUAUAUAUAUAUAUAUAUAUAUAUAUAUAUAUAUAUAUAUAUAUAUAUAUAUAGCGGAACCUCGGCUCCCGUGACCCAUUUGUAACCCGAAACGUUCUCCACCCAAAGUCACGUUUCCUAUUGAAACGAAUGCAAAUUCAAUUGAUCCGUCGCAUCCCCCAAACGAAGUUAGACUAAGCUUUUGUUAUCAGUGUGUAGGGUUAGAAAUAAGUGAAAAUCCCACUCACUACUUUAAAAUGGGGGGGGGGCACUAAAUGAACAUGAUAUCAUUUAGUUUAAGGACUGCAGCUCCUACAAGUGAAGAAACGUUUUUUGUUUGUUUGUUUUUUUUCUUUUGGAAUUUGGGGUUUUUGUUUGCUGUAAGCUAUAAUCAUCAAAAUGGGGGGGGGAAAUAAUAAUAAAUCAUGAAAUGUUUCAGUCUGUGUGUGGUGCAUCCCUACAAUGAGUUUCACUUUUUGACUCGGACGAGCGAGCAAAAAAAAUGGCGUUUUUGACACUGCUCAAAUGAACUGGAGAUGUUUGUGUCGAACAGUUUGGGUCUCUGGGAAAUGUGCGCUUAUUUUUGAAACGAAAGCCCCUCUUUCAAAUGUCUGCCUUUUUGGGGUGUGUCCAAAUAUUGACCAAUGGAUGUAUUGCAAUCGUUUCCUCCCCAUUUCGAUAUGAAUUCAGCAAAUGCUGUGAGUUGAUUGACCUAGCGGACAAAUCAAUCGAUCCAAGCUGUCGACCCUCUUGUGUGACGCCACCGACCAAUCACAGGCUGCCUGAAAGGGUGUGCGCGCGCGUGCUCUCUUGAAGCAUCACGCGAGCGAUGACUCGACCUGACUCGUAACUGCGCUUCCUCCGCAUUUGAACAGGAAAUAUGAAAAUUCUGCUAUUUUGACGAUGAAAUCGUUGACAUCAUUGGAUUGGAAAGGAAAAUCCAUGUAAAGCACGGACCAUAGAACUAAAAUGGAACAAUUAAAAGGCAUCAUAAGUUUUUUUGUUUGUUUUUUUACUAUUCACACGCAGUGGAAAGGAAAAACCAACAGGGGGCAGUGAGGCUCUGCCUCUCUUGCCUCCCCUGAGCCCACGUCACUGGGUAUUGUUGACCUGGUUUGAGUGUUUUUGUUGUUGUGCCUUUGCUAGCAUAAGAUAUGUUCACGCCGCAGCUUACAAGAGACGAGGACACGCAAACGCUAGCCUGCUCUCAGCCGGAAACCGGUCCGACGAGGAGGCGCCGAGGCUCCCGCGAGCGACGGAAGACAGUCGGGCGCCGUAUACUUCUGCUCGACAAUAACGUUCGUCAUUCAUAAAUACUCAAAAGACACGUUCAGUGGAUCAGGUUUUAUUUGGUACGGUGGCCUGGAAGGGCAAAACGAGAAAAAAAUUGUCAAACAAAUGAAAGCACAAAGGAAGAAAAGCAGAAAGACGAAACGGGGAAGGUCCCAUUUCGCAGACCUCCUUGGAAAUCCCACGUGUCAAUUGUUCGUUCCAUGACAGUCUGGUUUCCACAGAUGGCGAAUUUGGGGUUGUCGUUGGCUGUUCGCUAUAAUCAUGAAAAGUACACAUUUUAAAUCAUGACACAUUUCCCUGUGCGUGUGUGCAGUGCCCCUCUAUAAUGACGUGUCCUUUUGAAAUGACUUUUUGGAGACGGUGACGUGAAAUUGACGCGACCGUAUAUGCGCAUUUUGAUGGGCGGGCCAUCAUAUGGUCUUUGCUGCCAUCUUGUGACUUUUGGCCGGUACUACGUGUGCCGUGAGGGCCAUUCAGAGCCUCCCAACUUCAUAAUUUAGCACGUAUAUAUCAUUUGUAUAUAAUAUAUGAAUUGAUGCCAUAUUAAUGAUUUCAGAAUCAACUUCGACUUGACGAUAUAUUCAAAGAUUUGCAACUCGACUUGGACUCCAAAAAGCCUUUGCACCGAAAAACCAACACUUCGUCGCAUUCUCUUUCUCUCGCGAUAUGUGCAAUUUCCUGUUUUACAACUGGAAAAACACGACACGUGACAAUGUCAAACGCCUUCAUGAAUUCUCAUGAAUUAGGUCGAAGUAUUUCUCUCCACUUUGUGACUUCUGUGUAUAGUUAUUAUCUUGAACAAUAUACGCCCUGUUGGGCACACUCCGGUGGAGAAAUUGACCAAGAGGCCUCACGCGCAACCCAAAUUCACGGUUUCAUUCCAAAAAUACCAAUGGAAAAGAAGUACGAGCGCCCAAAACUACAAAAUCCACAUUGCGCUGCGCGGAUUGCGCGGAUGACGUCACGUAUAUGCGCGUUGGCGUUAGCAUUAGCUGCUAGCUUUGAGAGCGGCUACGCGAACGGCUUCCUGUCACUUACAGUCCCGCUUUCGUCUCUGUCGCGUUCUCAACAAUUAGUCUUGUAAGAAAUUAGGAUUUUAUUUUAUUCAUUUUUUAUCCAUCAGCACACAGCGAGCGCCGACUCCACAUGAAACUAUUCUUCUUCGUGUCCUUCUCCUCGCCCUUUUCUGACGUCAUAUGUUUACAUAGUGCCCUCUAGUGUUCCGACUGAGAUGCCGCACUUGGAUCGAACGCUACCUAGAGAACGUGACAAACUUGUGCCCCUCGUUUUUUUCAAAUGAAUGCCUUCUGUUUUUUGAUCCAAGAAAUGCCAAGUUCACACUGAAAUCUAUUUAUAAUUUGUUCGAAAUGGCCUCGCGUGGAAAUGUUUGUAGACAAGAAAAUGCCCUUUUCCGAAAAUGUGAAUGUGAGACAAAAUACUGUUGAGGAUCUAAAAGAGGAAACCAAUCGGUCGUUCAUGAUUCUUUUCUCUCGUGUAUUCGUAAUUGCUCGAAAAAGCAAAUUUGAUCCUGAUACACCUAUAUUUUGGAUUAUUUAUAGAUAUUGUACAGCUGUAUGAACUUCCCCGCUCUUAUUAUCUUCCCCACACGUCGAUUAACCUCCACCAUACUCUUAUAAACCUUCUACACUCUUAACCAUCUUUUAAAAGUUUACACAUACUGUAAUACUGUCUAUGCACAAAAAAUGUGAGCGCUAGCUGCUCGAAAGUGUUUGAAAGCUGCCGCUUUUGCCUUUUGCUUUUGCCUCUCCCGCACACUUGUGUUUCUUCACUUGAUACUUAUAUGUAAAUUUUUUAUCACAUACGUCGCAACUGAAGGGUUUUUCUCCCGUGUGCGUCCUGGUGUGUUUUAUUAACGUGCCUUUCAGGGCAAAGGUUUCCCCGCAAACGGAGCAGGCGAAGGGUUUUUCCCCGGUGUGUUUGCGGGUGUGCUUCUUCAGC